CACCGCACAAGUCGCUGUAAAUAUGCUCCUAAAUCUAUUUUAGAAUCGGUUUAUAUUUUAUUCCGUACACGUGUUUGUUCGUGAUAAAAAAUGAAGGGAACAACGUGACGAAGUGACAAAAAAUAACAAAAAUCCAAAGAUAUACAUAGUAAUAUGAACAAUAUUUUCUUAUUCAUUUCAUAUUACAGUGUGGUCUAUGUAAAGUAUACGAAUUGUUUAGAAGUGCCAGAAAGCAUGCCGUUGCACUAUUUUGAUGGUAAAGAUUGGGUGACUGUGAAACCACGUAAUAUUGAAGUUAAACCAGAAGUUUCAAGACCCAUAAACAUAACAGAGCUGUUAGACUUGGAGAAACUAAGCAGGUUGCUUCAGCCAAUGAAACAAGAAACUACGCCCGAGACUACUACUACUACUACUACUACUACUAGAAAACCAACAACGAAACCUACAACAGCUAAAAAACCAACAACGAAGAAACCUACAGGUAAUAAAAAACCAACAGCGAAACCUACAACUAAAACCACGAAAACAACAACUCGAAAACCAAGAUCGACACAACGACGGUUAAAAUUCAUGACAAAAAGAACGAUCCCUCCUUCUUCACGCUGUAUGUACAAUUUGUGUAAUGAAAAAUCUACCACAAUGAGGCAUAAAAAAGUAUACGAAAUCUGGAAAAGAGUUUGGAAAAAAACAACUGCUGAAGCCAACCCUACGACUCUUAUACCUCCUCUUAUACCAGGUUGGAUUAUUCAUCAAGUGACUGAUAAAAGAGUAAUUGAAUUUCCAAUGACAGUGACAAUGAAUUAUCUCAGAAGUCAGAAGACAACAAAGGCGACCACUCGUACUACAAAAAAGGCGACAAUUCGUACUACAAGGAAAGCAACAACUCGAACCACGACGAAGCCGACAACUCGUACCACGACGACUAGAGCAACUACUACGCCUAAACCAACAACUAAACAAGUUACUAAACCUCCUGGCAGAAGUAAUAUGAAUAUGACAGAAUUCCCGACGUUACCUAAAAACUGGAUGGAGUUAAUGAAAGAAUUUGUGAAAGUAUUUAAAUCAGUUAAUACUACGACUAUGUGCGAACGCUCAAGUUCAAAGGAAACUACAAACGCACCUUUAAAUUUUCUUCUCUCUGAAAAUAGACAAAAAAUGACGAAUGUUGAAGAUCUAAUUAACAUUUUAAAUGAUGGUGUUCAAAUUGAUAACGGACUAGUAGAUGAUUUAAUCGAUGCUCGUAACCAGUUACGUAAUACUGAAACAGUCACAGAUGCCGAAUUACCUUUAUCAGAAAAUUUAGUUUUAGAACAUAAUAUAGCCUCAAUAAAAAAUGACAAUUACCAGCUUAAAAACAAGUACCUGUACUUAAAAGGUAGUAGUCUAAAAGGAUAUUUCGACAAAAAGAGAACCGCAUAUGAAAAGGAAGAUGAUGCUCUUUCACGAGACGGUGAAAUAUCAGCCUAUAUAAAUGUAUUUAUAAACAGAUACUUAAAAACAGAUUCAACCUCUCAACCACAACAAACAACAGUAAAAUAUAAUGAUAUACAAGCAUUAAUAGAUAUAAUUCACGGUAAAAUAUCUCCUGAAGAGGUUUUACGAAAUACCGAUAAACAGAGAGAUGUUGGGAUAGAAUCAUUAGUUGAAAACAUGGAAGUACAAAACACUGUUACAAAAAAGAUUUUCAGAGCAAAUUCAGACGCAGAUAGCACUCAAUUGCUAAAAAAGCAUCGAGAUCAUUGGAAAGAAAGAGAUAUAAGAAAACAUUUAAAUAAAAUAAAAGAAAAAUAUUCUGAAAAACAAAAUGAAGAACAAAGACAAAUCAUUUCGCCAACUCUAGAUAAUGCAGUAGUUUUUACUUCAAAUAAAACCAAUCCAAAAACUAAUGCGGAUUCCCAAAACGAUAAAAAAAUAUUAGGUAACGAAGACAUACAGUCCUUGUUUAGUAAUUUUGUUAUGUUUUUACUGAAAAAUAUUUCUGCAGAUGCACAAAAAGUUACCAAACCCAUAAAAGAAACGAAGGAACCUAAACUAGACUAUAAGACAUUAGAAUUAAUUCUUAAGUUAAACAAAAUAAAUCCCUUUCUCACAAAACUUCCUUCUAAACCUACUGAAGAUAGUCAACCACUGAUUAAAGAUAUUGAAAUAGAUAAUUUACCGAUUAAUUAUUUUUCUGACAAAGAUGAAAUUUUAAACUAUAAUGAAGAAGAUGACUAUUAUGAAAGGUAUGAUACAAAAGGUAUAGAAAAGGGUUUGACAAAAGGGAGCUUAGGAAUUAAGGAUAAUUAUUAUAAUUAUUAGUAAAUGAGCCUAUGGAAACAUUAAUGUUAAGAGGAAAGCCAGCGGCUACGACGAACUACAAAGAAAUGGUUUUGCUUUCAUUGAUUUUCUAUGAUAUAUAAAUGGUGAUUCAGAGGGUGCUUUUAAUUCAAAUUUAGUAAAAUAGUCUAAAAUUUUAAUAAUGGCUACCGUAAAGGAUCAUAA